AUGACCGAUCCGCCGACCCAGUCCCAGCCCCAGGAUCCUGAACGACUCGCCAGCGCCGUCUUGAGAGCGACUCGACCGCCUCCUCCCCACGAUUGGGAAAAUGAUCGGGACGAUCGGGAAGCGCUCGAGCUGCGUGAGAUCCAAACACAGGAAGACCAUGAGUUAGACUACUCCUCCCCGUCCGCCUCAUCCGGCGAGGAAUACCGCAUUACCCGACGGCCCUCCCGCGCCAGUGUUCGACGGCCGCGCGUCGAGCGAAAGGGAGCGUGGCAUAAUAUCUGUCGCUUUUGGACGCACCAGAUCACUCUGACGGUGCCCCAGAAGAGCAACCGCGACCACUUUGCAUUGGAAAGAACAUUCCUGGCUUACAUCCGCACCUCGGUUGUAAUCGCGAUGCAAGGGGUUCUAAUCGCGCAGCUUUUCCGCCUCCAACAAUCACCCACAUCCGAAGACCGUCUGCAAUUCUACAAUGUCGGUAUUCCGCUCUCGGUCACUUGCCAUUGUGUGGCUGUCGUAGUGGCCCUGAUCGGAGCCUAUCGCUUUUGGAGGCAGCAGAGUGCAAUUUCGCGAGGCAAAGUCCACGCCGGAGGAUGGGAGCUCAAUUGGGUCGGGAUAUUACUUUUUGCGAUCAUUUUGGCGACACUGGUCAUUUCCGUUGCGAUCAUCGUCGAAAUAGACACGAGCCCUGCGGCUCUCCUACGGCAAGUUCUACACCGAUGA